UCUGAGGAGGGGGAGUGGCUGGUGAGGGAGCUGGACCUGGCUGUGGACAGGGCGGAGGAUGGAUCGGUGUCAAUGCAGUAUGCCCACCGGCUGCAGAGACAAGCCACCAAAAGGUCCCGGAGGAGGAAGAAGUGGGACGUGGUGGAGCACAGAGUGUGGGCUGGAGGCACCGAGUCCGAGAUGUUCAACAAGCUGGAGAGCAUCGCCUUAUCCCCCUCCCCGCAGACCCCGGUGCUGGGCUGUCACAUCAGCAGGGCCCUGGAGCCCGCCGUGGCCAAGGGAGAGUUUCUGACCAGCAGAGUGAACUGGGUGGUGCAGAGCUCGGCUGUCGACUACCUGCAUCUCAUGCUGGUGGCCAUGAAGUGGCUCUUCGAGGAGUUUGACAUCAACGGGCGCUUCUGCAUCAGCAUCCAUGACGAAGUGCGCUACCUGGUCCAGGAGCAGGAUCGCUACCGGGCAGCGCUGGCCCUGCAGAUCACCAACCUCCUCACACGGUGCAUGUUUGCCUACAAACUGGGGCUCCAGGAUCUGCCCCAGUCAGUGGCUUUCUUCAGUGCAGUGGAUGUUGACCAGUGCUUAAGGAAAGAGGUGACCAUGAACUGUGUGACACCAUCAAAUCCAAGUGGGAUGGAGAAGUAUGGCAUCCCCCAAGGAGAAGCACUGGAUAUCUAUCAGCUAAUUGAAAUAACCAAAGGUUCACUCGAGAAGAAGUGA